CGUCCUCGUUCAUCCCCCAGGUUACCGCCUCCGCCGGGCGAUGGGGCUUCGCCUCCCCCCUCCGAGAAAAGUCUCCGCGCGCCUCCGCCGCCGGCCCCGAGAUAAAGGCAGGGGAAGCGCAGCCGGCCGGAGCGGCGGCCGAGGGCGCUGCGGGUCGGGCGGCCGCGGGCAGCCCCGGCCCCUGCGGCUCCCCCCGCGCUCGGGGACCUUCCCCGCCCCGCGCUCGCCCGCUUCAAAAGUUUUGCCCGGGGAGCGCGGCGGUGGCGGCGCUCCUGUCAGCCCCGCGCCGCCGGCCCGCCCCCGCCGGCGCUAGGGCAGGGCGGGCAGGGGGCGAGGGCGGGCGGGCCGGCCCGGAGCCGGCAUGGCGAGCGGCGCGCCUCGGCGCUGAGCGGGCUGCGCCCCGCGGGGAGCUGUGCGUGCGAGGCGCGGCCAUGGCGCGGGCGGCCGGCGGCGGCAGCUAGCGGCGCGGCGGCGGCGGCGGAGCCUCGCGGAGCGGCGCCCGGGACGCGGCGCCGUGUGCUCGGCAUGGCGGGGGCCGGCGGCGCGGCUGUCAGCCUGCUCCUCGGAGCGCUGCUCUGCAGAGUGACAGAGAGUCGAGGGGUCUUGGACAAUAUGCAGAGAUUUUCUUCAUUACCAACAUACCUACCUGUGAGCUAUCGGAUCUUCAGUGCCGAGACAUCUUUCUUUCUCAAAGAAGCCAACCAGGACUUUAUGCGAAAUUCCAGUUUGCAGUCCAGGGUGGAAUCAUUCUUCCCAUAUAAAGCCAAGAGGCCACCUAUAUUAAAUGCCAGUUAUGGACCUUUUUCCAUUGAACAAGUCGUGCCCCAGGAUCUAAUGUUAACUUCCAGCUUUUUUGGACCUACCAACAAGUUUACUUAUAACUGGAAACUUAAGGCCUACAUAAUGAGUGACAAGAUUUACCCAAGCAAGCCCAAAGUCCAGAUCCUGUUCUACAUUGUGGGCAGGGACUGGGAUGACUAUAGCACCACGGAGCGGCUGCCCUGCCUGCGGGUGUUUGCCUUUCGAGAGACGCGGGAAGUCAGAGGCAGCUGCAGGCUGAAAGGGGACCUGGGGUUGUGUGUGGCAGAGCUGGAACUCCUGCUGAGCUGGUUUAAUCCCCCCACGGUUGUCGCAGGCCGUAAGAAGGCACCGGAUCAGUUUGAAGGGAGCCCUGUGGAGCUUUACUACACUAUCCAGCCGGGAGAUGAGAAGGGGGAGUGUACCGCUGAGGAUUUAAGGAAGGGCAAUGCUAUCCGGCCAGGAAAAGAUGGCAUGGAUGAAACCAUGUCCCACUUACAGAGGAUCGGAUCUGUCAGCCUCUAUCGAGGCCAGGAGACUUCUCAGCUUAUGGAGCUGCGGCUGGACAGUAAUAUUGUCAUCUGGUUGCCCUCAAAGCCUGUCAAACAAGGAGAGGUUGUGAAUGUUUAUGUGACAAUCGCCAACAACUCUACGGUGGAUCAGUUCAUACUCAGGGCAAAGGUGAAGAAAGGUGUAAACAUUCUUGGUGCAAAGACAAGUGACCCCCGGCAAUGGGACGUGAAACAAGAGGUGGGGAAUGGUGGAAAGCAUUCGACCACAACAGUUAUUUGUCAGAGGAUAGCACCAAGUUCAAGGAACAGAAGUAACAGUUUAUUCAAUGAGGUCGUGCAGAUGAACUUUGAAAUAGCCAGUUUCAGCAGCCUUUCUGGAACGCAGCCCAUCACCUGGCAGGUGGAAUACCCUCGGAAGGGGACAACAGACGUAACCUUGUCUGAAAUCUUCAUCUGCCAGAAGGAUCUUGUUGGAAUUGUUCCACUGGCUAUGGACACGGAAAUUCUGAACACAGCAAUUCUCACCGGAAAAACUGUUGCCGUGCCCAUCAAAGUGGUCUCCAUUGAGGAGAACAGUGCUGUGACAGACAUCUCAGAAUCAGUGGAGUGCAAAUCCUCUGAUGAAGAUGUCAUCAAGGUUUCUGACAGGUGUGACUACAUUUUUGUCAAUGGCAAAGAAAUGAAAGGCAAGGUGAACGCGCUCGUGAACUUCACGUAUCAGUAUCUGAGUGCUCCUCUGCAAAUCACAGUCUGGGUUCCACGCCUGCCUCUUCAGAUCGACAUUUCGGACACUGAACUGAGCCAAAUAAAAGGCUGGCGAGUCCCCAUUGUUUCCAACAAAAGACCCACCAGAGACAGUGAUGAUGAGGAUGAAGAUGAACGGAAAGGACGAGGAUGCACUCUGCAGUACCAGCAUGCCAUGGUGCGCGUCCUGACACAGUUCGUAGCUGAGGACUCUAGCCCUUGGGGUCAGCUGAACUACCUCCUUGGCUCAGACUGGCAGUUUGACAUCACAGACCUGGUAAUGGAUUUUAUGAAAGUGGAGGAACCUCACAUUGCCAAGCUGCAGGAUGGCAGGAUAUUGAUCGGACGGGAAGUAGGAAUGACAACAAUGCAGGUUUUGUCUCCUCUGUCUGACUCCAUCCUGGCAGAGAAGACAGUGACUGUGCUGGAUGACAAAGUGACCAUAACAGACCUUGGAGUUCAACUGGUGGCUGGGCUUUCACUGUUUCUUCAGCCAAGCACAGCAAGUAGUCGGGCUAUUGUGGCUACAACCAUUGCCCAAGAGCUGCUUCAUACUCCUAAGCAGGAAGCUGUGGUAAGCACCUGGAUCCAAUUCAGUGACAGCUCUGUUACUCCCCUGGACAUUUAUGACUCCAAGGACUUCUCCCUUUCUGCUAUAUCAUUAGAUGAAUCUGUUGUCUCGACCCAUCAGAAUGCUGCCUUAAAAUGGCCAGUUGUGACAGCAGAAGGUGAAGGUCAGGGCACAUUAAUCAAGGUAGAUAUGAUGAUUUCUGAAGCCUGCCAAAAGUCCAAGAGGAAAAGUGUCUUGGCUGUGGGGAAUGGCAACAUCAAAGUCAAGUUUGGCCAGAAUGAUGCCGACUCCGAUACAGGUGGAGAUUAUGAUGCUGAUGAGAUUGAAAACCACGCUAGUGACCGGCGGCACAAGGUGUCAGAUCAGGAACGAUAUGGUCAGGAUGGACGAUAUUAUGGUAGCUCUUCGGCAGAGCGAGAGGAAAGUGCCAUCAGGAAAGUCAGUACCACAGCAAAAUCCGUAAUAAAAAAUAAAGUAAUUAAAAACAAUAGGCUGGAUGGCAGCAAACUCGCAGAUGAUAGCCAGCUGCAGAACAUUCCCAUAGACUUCACCAACUUCCCUGCUCAAGUUGACCUCCCAAAAAGCAACACAGGCAUGGAGGAAAAUGACCUGGUACAGACACCUAGGGGCCUUAGCGAUUUGGAGAUCGGGAUGUAUGCUCUGCUAGGGGUCUUCUGCCUGGCAAUUCUUGUCUUCCUAAUAAACUGUGCAACAUUUGCACUGAAAUACCGUCACAAGCAGGUUCUGGUGGAAGGACAGGCCACUAUGACCCAUUCUCAUGACUGGGUCUGGCUAGGAAAUGAAGCGGAACUGCUGGAGAACACAGCAGACGUGUCACCUCAGCAGGAUGAGCACACAACUAUUAUUGACCGAGGGACGGGCUGUGAGGAGAGCAACCAGCUCCUCAAUGGCAGUGCUCAGAAGAACAUUCAGAGCCAGAUUCAUAGGUGUGCUGACUCAGGGGGCAAACUCGGAAAGGAACAGAAAUCCGAACCUUUACAUUCUCCGACAUCUAAACGGAAGCGGGUAAAAUUCACGACAUUCACUACCAUCCCACCUGACGAUGGUUGUCCUACUGUCAACUCAAUCCUAAGUAGCAAUGAUGAUGAUAUUAAGUGGGUGUGCCAGGAUAUGGACCUGGGGGACUCCAAAGAGAUACGAAACUACAUGGAGAAGUUCAAAGACAAAGUGUAGCUCCUCGCUGGUUUUCUGGGUUUAACCACACCUUGAUGCCUUCAGUUCUACAGUAUAUAUUGGGACAGAAGAGGGGGAGGGGAAGGAAUCCACAGGAGAAAUGAUAAGGCAGUUUUUAUAAUCAGGGAAAGAAAUUUGCCAAACUGUCCAUGGUUUGUUUUUUGUUUCGUUUUUUCGCUUUGUUUUGUUUUUCCAGCGGAUAUUCUACCAUUCGUGGAUUUAGGAAGUGGAAUAUAAAUAGCAGAAAGGAAUAAGAAAUUGGAAUGACCAGUAUGAUGAACUGAGCAAGGUGAGGUUGUGAAAAUGUAUUUUAUGGGUCAUCGUAAUCAUAAUGAUAGUGAUGUUUCAAAGUACCAAAAAUAUUUGUUUAAAAAAAAAAGAACAGAAGAGAUCAUGAAAAGAAUAAACAGGAAACAAACAAUAACUUGUUUAUAUUUCUAAUAAAACAUCAGGAUUUUGGACACAUGACCCGUAAGGAGACUUUUUAGAUUGUUACUCGAUCCGUUUCUUUCUGUUCCUUCAUUUGAAGUGAAGACAUGUCCUUGGCAUAAAGUGUGUGUGAAGGAGGAAGGAAUUACCUGGUAUUUUUAUUUUUACUUUUCUGUUUGUCUUGCAAGGUGAUACUGAAUCAUUUUCCAUUUUGUAUUUUUCUUUUAAAGAUCUUUAAAAAACAGGAAAAUUUGCAAUUCAUUAAGCUUGCAGUGGACCAAGAAUAUUUUGUUUCUAAGUUAGCUACAAAUAAUUUCCUGACAUUUAAAGAACUCAGAGGAUAAAUAUUGACUAAUAAUUUCAGUGUGGUGUCUCUUCUGGAAGCAUAAGCCUCAAUUGUUCCGCACUAGCUAGAAAUAUGUUCUGUUUGGAAGAAGUGUUAAUUUUACUUUCAGGUUUGGAUUGUUUGUUUAGUUGUUUGUUCUAAAUUUCCACAACCAAAGUUCCCAUGUUUCACCAGGGGAAGAAGGUGCUGUUUUAUGUUAGCAUUUAGAAGUAACAACCGAUGGGAAUGCCCCACUGGUGCAUUUUAAAUGUACCUGGAACUGAGACCAUCACAGGCCAAAUAUGUACAGCCUGGAUUUUGUUUUUUGCCAAGUCCAUGAAAUUGUAAUUUCAUUCUGUAAUUUUCUGUUUAUUCUAAUGUCACCAGCUCUAAUCAAGCUCUGAAAGCUAGAAGAAUGGACAGAAAGACAUUGAUUGUCCCCAAAUGUUUAUGUCCUUGUACUGGAAGAGCUGGCCUCUGGACUCACUGUUUGAAGGGAGGGAAAUGUUAUUGAACCAAGAUGAAGAAAUACUUGGAGCUAUUUUAUAGAUUUUUUUGCCAUUGGACCAGCUCAGACUGAAAAUUCUAGAUUAGAUUGUAAAGCUGUUGUUUUGAAUAACAAAAUAGAAGACCAGUAAUGAAUCCGAAGCAAAUACAAAAUGGAGUAGUAGAUUCUUUGUGUAAAGUGGCAGAACGUCCGCUCGGUGCCAGUUUACACUAAUGGAGGAUGCAGAUCAAAGUCUAUGCAAUGAGGAAACCACUGUCAUCCAAAAUCUUUUGUAACUGAAAGGAGGUUGUUAUAGCCAGCCUUUUGGCAAGCAGUAUUAUCUCUUGACUGUUAGCUGGAAGCACUUGCAUUAUUUGUCAGUUCGUGUCUUUAGACCCAUGUAUUCCUUUUUUUUUUAAUUACUAAACUCAGUAGUUUGAGGGUUUUUUUAUGUGGACAAAAUCAAUCCUGCCACCCAGUAACAUAGAUGGACAUUUUAACAAGAUAUGCCUAGUAUGCAUUGUAGACUGAAAGAAUGUAAUAUUUAUUUAUACGUUAUACAAAUUGUAAUUAAAAUGCUUUACAUGGCUUGACAAAUUAACCUCUCUUUUCUGAGGGGAGGGAUCCGUUUCUGUCAUUUUUGUGUUGAAGUACUGCAUCCAAUGCUGAACAACUGGAAAAAAAAAUCUAAGCUGCUUUCUGAAGAGAGAAGAAUAGAGACGUAUAGAAGUUUUUCACUGCUCUGACCCUUCCUUUGUGAACCAUUUCCCCUUCCCACCCAACAUGUGGUGAUGAUGAUGGAUGGCAGGAGAGGACAGCAGGCGGGCACAGUUCAUUGCAUUGUCACUAUUAAUCAUGCUCAUCUUCAUGCCUACCAUCAGCAUGAACAACUCCAGGAAUCCUGCUUCUGAUGUGUGUAACUUCCUUGCAGCCCAGUCAUAAUUAAUUAUGUUGCUUCUCUGAUUGAUACAGUAGGUUCAGAUGGAAGCAAGUUGCACUGAAUCACAACUGACAUGUACAAAGCACCCUCUAUCCCAGAGGACCCCCAGCUCCUUUACAAGCUAAGCACAGUGAUGCAUCAGCCACACCUCAGGGAUCAGUAUAUCUUCCUGCGAAAAUGCAGGUGUCUCUGAGGUGAAAAAGACAUUUACAGCAAGGAGCUGCAAAAUACAGCAGGAGAGGAGCAAGAAAGAUGGUACAGAACAAAAAUAAUACGCCAGGGUAGCACGAACCUACACAGAGUAUAAUUGUAUAAAAUGCAUUUUUAAGAAGGCGGAAAAUGUUCCUAACAGCCCCGGUGGGUUACAGCACACAUGAAAGAUGGCACCUCCAGAAAACCAGCUCUCCCUUGCACUUUCUGGGAUGCUGGUACAAUACUGGCUCGAGAGGAAAGGAGUGAUUUCUAAAUCACUAUUUCUGAUCUGUGCACCCUGACUUUGUUUUCGGCUGCUGAGUUUUGGCAGGAUCAGAAGAGAAAAUGGUAUCUCCGUCUAACAUAAUAAACAGUUGGUUACUGAGAGAAAAACUUAGGAGGAGAAUUCAUCUUGCUCUGUAUUUUCAUGAUGGCAUGUGCCUGUUUUUUUUGACCUUGCUGUUUCACCAUCUUGUCUAGGAAAAGUAUUUCACAGUGAAUAGAAACAUUAUUUCUAAUUCACCUCUGCUCCAAAAGCUCAAAUGUUUUUUCAAGAAAGAGAGACAUUUUUUCAUGGAAAUGAGGAUGGGAAAAAAUUGAAGUUUCCUAGGAGAAACUAUGUUGCCAUCCCUUGUCACCAGCAGGUAAAUUUGUGUUGAAAGACACAUUGCUAUACUAGUGCAACUCAGGUUGGAUUCAACUUUCCCAGAGAGGAGCAGAGAUAUUCUGUUAUCAGUAGGAAAGUUACCAUUUAUUCAUUGUACUACAGUGAAAUAAUCACAAUUGUUUCCUUUUUUUGUUUAUUGAUUGUAUGUAUAGUUCUCUGGUGUAGAUUCAGACUGAGGCAGAAUGUUUGAGAUAACUGCCCUUUUAAAAAUAGUAUUUGUUUUAUACAGUGAUGAUCAUUGUGGCAUUGGCCAAAGUGCAAAUGACGCCUCCUGUAAGAGCAAAAAUUUUGCUGACUAUUAGCCAUGUAUGAGUUCUCAAUGACAUUAUUUUGUCAUGGUAUUUGAAUUAGAAGAAGCUGUCUCUGUAGAGUGCCUCCCAAGCGGGUGCUUUCGGAGCCUCACACACAUGUGGGGCUCCUUUGCCUGCAGCCUGUAGCCCAGGGCUGGACCUGUGCCAUUCACCCGUGCACAUGGCAUUUUACACAUGCUGCAGAUUACCAUGUACAUUUGUUACACUUCUGACUUUUUAUCUUGUCUGUGCCAUAAUAAUCACUUCCCAAACGA